AUGGCUCCAUGGGAGAACUAUUUAAAGUCAAUAUAUUUUUACCCAAAACACCCAGCCGCAUUUGCUAGGCCACAAAAACUGUACAAAGUUGACAUCGCCGACAGCUAUAACCAUACCUAUCAUAGAACUAUUGGAAUGAGAGCCGCAGAUGUCAAAGACAGUAAUCAAGAAGAAGUACGAAUAUCCACCUACAUGGCUCAAAACUCUAAAAACAACAAAUCGAAUAUAAAUCUCAAACGCUUCAAAUUUAAAUUAGGAGAUUAUGUGCGUAUCAGUCAUCUAAAAACUAUAUUUACUAGGGCGUACCAUCAAACGUUUUCGGGCGAAUUGUUUAAGGUGUAUAAACGUUAUCACAGAGGUACAUUGCCUAUCUAUCGUCUAAAAGACAUGCAACAAGACGAAAUCAAAGGCACAUUUAAUGAAAGCGAGUUACAGAAAGUGGACAUUGAUCCUAAUCAAACAUGGAAAAUAGAAAAAAUAUUAAAAAGCCGAGGAAAAGGACGAAAUAAACAACUCUUCGUCAAAUGGAAAAGUUUCCCGCCUAAAUUUAACAGUUGGAUAAAAGCUUCGGACUUAAAUAAACGUUUUUCAGUUUAUGUGUAA